GGAAUAUUUUCUUGGUAAUAAUAAAAAUCAAAACUUUCACCAACCCCUGAAUAUAUAAAUGAAGAAAUGGGUGUUUUGGAGAGGAAAAAAGAAUUCAAGUGACAGAUACACUUACAAAGAGGAAGAGAAAAGAGAUGGCUUGCAGACAAUUGUGGGCUUCAAGAGCUGCCUCUUACCUCAGGAUCUCUAUGUCUCAUAGAGCCUUUUCUAAUGUUGUUAAAGAUUUGAAGUAUGCCGAUUCCCACGAAUGGGUAAAAGUUGAUGGGAAUUCGGCAACCGUUGGCAUCACUGAUCAUGCCCAAGAUCAUUUGGGUGAUGUUGUGUAUGUUGAAUUGCCUGAAGUGGGAGCAACCGUCACACAAGGAGAUAGUUUUGGUGCAGUUGAAAGUGUGAAGGCAACUAGUGAUGUUAACGCUCCUGUUUCUGGAAAAGUAAUUGAAGUGAAUGACGAGCUUAGUAGCUCUCCUGCUUUGGUAAACUCAAGCCCUUAUAAAGAUGGAUGGAUAAUUAAAGUUGAACUGAGCGACAGUGGUGAACUAAACAACUUGAUGGAUUCAGAAAGGUACUCCAAAUUCUGUGAAGAAGAAGAUGCACAUUGAAAUAUUUCAGUACAUCAUGUUUAGGUUGGGAAAGCUAAGAAUGGAUUGUUCCGUUUUCUACAUGUGUCACGUCUUGACUGCUCUAUUUUUAUUUUUCAUGAGCUUGUGAUUCAAUGGGAUGAUUUAUCACUCUUUGCACUGGAAAUAUGAUAACGUGGUAAAUUGAUUGCUAGUUUUCUUUCUAAAGUCAUGCCAAUUUUGUUAGAUGAUUAUGAUAGUCCGAGAAAUAAGAUGGGAUUGAGAUUUCAAGGUC